AUGCUCGCCUCGCCGUCCACACCUCGCACCGCCCGCUUCACCUUGCCGUCCGUCGCCUACGACGUGCUCGCACGCGCUUCCUCUUCCAGUCACAGUGCUACGCAUGUGCGACAUGCGUGUGGUGGUGGUGGCGGCGGCAGCGUUGCGCCUCCUGACAAUCGCAUGCGCUUUCGAGGCGAGGGCGGUGCCUGCGAUCCAAUGCUGAGCGGUUCUACCGUACUGCCGUUCCGCUUCUCGCUUCCUCCGUCGAACCACUUCCCUCUCCUCGCAUACACGUAUCCCAAGUUGCUGGUCUUCUUUCGAUACGCACCCAUCUGUUCACCUGCUCUGCUGCGCGGAACUGCUUGA